GAUCCGCACUCUCUGCUCAAAGGUAAUCCCUUCAGGGAGCACGGCCGGCGGUCCAGCGCGUGGCUCUCGCUAGAUUGGAAUCUGCAGUGCACCCCUUUUGUGGUUCAUCGCACCGGAGUUUUCCGAAGCCGACUGCUUGCCUUCCAAAAAAUGGCCACGCUUCAACUCUCCGACCCGCACCAGAGCAUCAAGGAGGAGGGGACUACUGCUGUACGCUGCCCGCUUUGGCGGCAGGUGCAAGAAGAAGCGCGCAACAUGAUGAAAGACGAGCCCGCCCUCGCACGUUACUUUAGGAUGACUCUCCUCACGUACGACACCAUGGAACGAGCCCUCGCGUAUCACUUGGCCUGCAAGCUCGGGAACGACUCCGUGUCGAUGGAGACUUGGGACGAGCUGCUGGCGGACGUGCUGGAGGCACACACGGACCACCUGGGCGUGUUUUUCCGCACCGAUCUAGUCGCCAUCCUCACAAGAGACCCCGCGGCCGAGGGCCCGGCGCACGCCUUCCUGAACUUCAAGGGGUACCUCGGCCUGCAAGCGAGCCGCAUCGGGCACGUCUUGUGGAAGGAGGACCGUAAGUCUCUCGCGCUGGCGAUCCAGAGCCGCGUGUCGGAGGUGUUCGGGAUGGACAUACACCCCGGCUGCCAAGUCGGGGCCGGCGUAAUGAUCGACCACGCCACCGGCGUUGUUUUCGGCGAGACGGCCGUCGUGGGCGACAACUGCACGUUCCUGCACGGCGUGACUCUCGGCGGCACGGGAAAGAGCCGCGGAGACCGACAUCCCAAGCUGGGCUGCGGGAUUUUAGUUGGCGCCGGCUCCAUGAUUCUAGGAAACAUCAGCGUGGGGGACGGCUGUAAGGUAGCAGCCGGGUCCGUGGUCCUCAGGAAUUUACCCGCCCAGGUUGUCGCAGCAGGAGUGCCGGCCAAAAUCAUCGGCACCGCCACAGAGGGAAAGCCAUCGGAAACUGUGGACCAAAACCUCAAGCACGUGCGGUACCACAGCAUGGUUGGAAACGGAAACGGCAAGCAGAAUGGGAAAAAUGGCGGUUCAGGGACGGGUCGGGCGGGGGCGCCCGAGGAUUCGCGAACCGACCCGCGCCGGGAGACUUUGGGCAUGCGAGGGAUAGAAGUCAAGAAGCGCAGCUUCUUGUGAUCAGCGACAGAAAUCGCUGUCGUUUUUUCUGCCAAGCGGAGUGGGAAAAAUGUCGGUUCAGGGACGGGUCGGGCGGGGGCGCCCGAGCAUUCGCGAACCGACCCGCGCCGGGAGACUUUGGGCAUGCGAGGGAUCGAAGCCAAGCAGCGCAGCUUCUUGUGAUAAGUGGCAGAAAUCGCUGUCGUUUUUUCUGCCAAGCGGAGUACAAUGUGUCGCCGUUGUUUGUGGGAUCGUGUCCCACAAUAUAUGUCAUCAGAUCCAGGCGUUGUCGCUGUUGUUUGUGGGGUUAUGCGCCACAAUGUGUUGAUUUGUUUUUGUUCCUUGGUUGUAUUUGUCGAAACGGGGGAAGGGUUCUUCAAGGGGAGAAGCGAAGAAGGGGGGGAGGCAACAGUUCGGAUUGUCCUCAAGGAUCUUGGCUCGCGCUGCAUUCACCGCUCGUAGUGUACAUGCAAAUGUGUGUAUUGGCAUCUG